UAUCAAAACAUCAAUAGACUCAGCAAACUCUCACUCAUUUACUCUGUUAACUACUCUCUCUCCCUUUGUUUCUCUCUCUGGAGCAAUGCAUAGGCAAUCACUAGGGUCGCCGGGAUCAAAGCACCUCAACAACUCUCAUGGAGUCAUCGUGGAAGCACGAGACGACGGCGGCUCUGUAGCCACCUUCCACGAAGACGAAGAGCGCAAGUCGCUGAGGCGUCUCGGUAAGGCCCAGAAAUACGUGCACCUAAUCCCGCUCCUCACCGUCCUUUGCUACCUCAUCCUCUACCUCUCCUCCCACCAUCCUACCGAGAAUGAUUUAGCUCAGUUUAAUGGUUUCAACGGAUUAUCUAAGCCUAUAGAAUCCGGUGUUGCAGCGAUAGAGAAGAGCAACGUUCUGGCGAUUCGAAGCUUGAGGAACCUCCGCGAGAUUGACAUGGAUAACUCAAAGCGCAGGUUUCACCGGAAAAUUGCCGAUUUCUAAGAUGUAUAAUCUGCUUCUCUCUCUAUCUCUCUCUCUGUAUCUAUUUAUCUACUGCGUCGCCGGAGUUUCGUCACCGGAGCCAGUGCUCUCCCACCGACAUCAGAUUUUUUUUACCACACCUGUUAAUUUUCUUUUUUAUUUUACCUCCCGUGCGCCUUUGUAAAAGUUAUAUUACUCCAUUUUUUUUUACCGUUGUGUAUGAUGGAGAUAUUUGUAGGCUGUAAAAUUUUGUGAACAGAAGGUUACUAUUGUGCGCCGCCGGUGAGGGGUGUAGGUUAGGUCAUUAAAAGUGCGCCGAGGCUUUGUUUUAAUGCGAAACAGCUGGAAAAAUUGGAGCGUUGCAGCAAAGGGGGCCUCGUGCUGCGGUUGGAAUCGCCAGCUGGGAAAAAAGCAUGUUUUGAUGCUAAGUCUCAUUGGCUUCUGUGAAUUAACUAACUUCGAGAACCGCUACCUCCUUCACCCAAACUCUUCCUGAUUUCUGUCCAAUAAGUGAGAAUAUUACCUCA